AUGGUGGAGGAACCGUCUUCGACCCUGUUCCCUUUACCGCUCUCGAACCAUCAGCACGACCAAAUUCACCGCGAAGAGUUGAAAGUUCUGUUCGAACUGGCGGACGAUCACGGAUUUGUGGAUUGGCUUCAACCUUCUUCUCACGCUGCCACAAGCAAAAGAUCGGGCCAAAAGAAAUUUGCCAGCACCCCAUGUACGAGUAGUUUUCGUACAGAAGAGGAGGAGGAGACGAGAAAGAAACAGAAGAAGAAACAGAAGGAGACGAAGAGCGAUGAAAGGAAAGAAAGGGAAGAAAGAAAAGAAAAAGAGUCAAGUACUACGAGUACGCGUACUACUACGAACACAAGUACUGCUACUCAUUCUACUCGCGUCUGUGGCGUUCUCUCUCCUCGAACCCGUCGCGUGUGCGACUGCUUCGGGUGCGAAGCGAUAUGCGAGAAGGUUCGCUCGGUAGCCGCCGGCGGGCUGCACGUGUGCGAAAUGCAUAAACGCAAAGAUUCGUUCCUUUUGAAAGGCAGAGGGGAAGACAUGAAGUUUCGAUGGUGUUUUUACUGUCAUCGUCCGCAGAAGAUCGAAGAGUUUUCACCGAGCAGCAGAUCUAUUUGCAAAGAAAAGUUUGCGUUGCGAAAGCAAAGACGCAAGGUGAAGUCAGAAUUAGCGAAUAAGAACAAGUACUUCAAAGAAGCAACUGCGCCAACAUCGCUUGUGUUUGAUGAUUGCAGCGCAUUUGAUCCAAUGUCGUUCGUGAUGGAUGAGUGUUUAAACUACGACGACGAUUGUUUGAAAUAA